AUGGGCCGCAAAGACGACAGCAUCUUGGACAUAAACCCUCCACCAUAUCAACAACAACCCCCUUCGCGGCGGCUAUUCACUCGGAGACGUCGAGUGCGACUUACUGUGGUUGCAGCGCUCUUCAUCUUUCUUGUUGCGUUGUUGCAACAUAAUACUAUCGUCCAAAGAUCCUAUCCUACAGCUGGCCAGCACGAGCUAUUCUUGAAAGGGCUGAGAAAGUGUCAGGAGAUCAACCUUAGACAUGAAAAAUCAGUUCCAUCACCUCUAACCCGUGCGAACCCGCGCUGGAACGCCAAAUCGGGACAAAAACAUGCCAUUGUUCUCCGAAAUGCCACUCUUUUCGACGGAGAAUCGAUCUUGACUGGACCAGUCGAUAUUGUUUUUGAGAAGGGGAUCAUCAAAUCAAUCGUGAAGAGUCAAGCAAAGAACUCUAUUCCAAGCAAUUCCAUUGUUUACGAUGUCAAUGGGAGAUUUGUUACUCCUGGUCUUGUUGACAUUCACUCACACCACCUUGAGCUUCCAUUCUCUUCAGUCUCUGCAAACCAGGACGUGAACGAGAAGCCCCUUCUGGGCCCCAUCACGCCUUUUGUUAGAGCCAUUGACGGUUUCAAGCCAUAUGACCCGGCGAUCAAGAUCAUUGCCUCCGGUGGCGUCACCUCUUCGCUCAACCUCCCAGGAUCUGGCAAUAUCAUAGGAGGCCAAGGAUACUUAGUCAAAAACCUUCCCUAUCCUGGAGAAAAUGCCGAGCCUGUAGUAGAAGAGCUCCUUUUAGAGCACGGUAUCCCGGAAGAGAAGCGUCAACGAUAUCUGAAGAUGGCCUGUGGAGAGAACCCAAAGCACUUGUACGGUCAUACUCGUCUCGGCAAUGUCUGGCUACUUAGACAGCACCUUGAGAAGGCCCAGAAGUUGAAGACCAGACAAGACGCUUGGUGCCUAAGCGCGCAACAACUUGAAAAGGGCCGUUAUCGGGAAAGUCGUGUUACCCAGUUUAUCGAUGAAAGUGGCGAGGUUCCCGACGACUUGGAGCUUGAGGCUACUGUUGCUUUGCUCAGAGGAGAGUUCAACGUUAAUAUUCACUGUUAUGAGCCCGAAGACUUUGAGCGUAUGCUAGCUGCUCUUCAUGAGUUUGGAGUUCAUCCCCAGGCGUUCCAUCACGCAUUAGAGGCAUGGCAGGUUCCCGAGUUUCUGAAGCAGCAGGAAAGAAACAUCACUAUUGCCACUUUUGCGGAGAACUCCCUGUUCAAGCACGAGGCCUACGGCGCCAAUCUAAGAGGUCCGAAAAUACUCGAAGAUCAUGGCGUUCGCGUAGUCCUCAAAUCGGACCAUACUGGCGAAGGUAAUCAUGCGAAGUACCUGAUUAACCAAGCUGUUAUUUCACACUCUUUCGGCUUGUCAGAGAUCAAAGCCCUUCAAUCUGUAACAUCCGUCGCCGCGCAAUCAAUUCAGCAAGAUCAUCGUAUCGGCUUUGUUCAACCUGGUUUCGACGCCGACUUGGUUAUCUGGGACUCACACCCACUUAAGGUUGGAGCAACGCCAGUCCAGGUCUUUGUAGAUGGUCGAGAGGUUCUUGAUGCCAAGGAGUCUCUCAAAAAGUUGGAAACAUCAGCUCAGUUAGCCGAACUGAUUGCGCCAAAGUCACGGCCGACAAUUCGUCUGCAAAAGAAGGAAGAUAUUUGCCGCAAGGCAAUCGAGCCUGGAACCCAGUUGGUGUUUACUGGCGUCAAGCAGACACUUCUCGACAGGCAUUUCCCUGCUUUCUCGGAUUCAAGCAGCCGCAGUGACUUGACAUUGGUCAUCUCAAAUGGCAAGAUUACAUGUUUUGACGUCCAGUCUAAAUGUGUUUCAGCUUAUACUAAGGAGAAAGUCCUCUCGAUUGACCUUGAAAAUGGCUACGUGACACCGGGCCUUGUCGCUUUCGGUAACAACAUCGGCAUCCUCGACAUCCCCUCUGAACCAUCCACUGGCGAUGGAUCUCCAGGGCGCAAGGGUAGUGCCCUGAACGCACGGAAGGAUUUGCAUUUCGCAAAGUACGGUGUUCAUUUUGGCGGUAGAGGUUUCGGCAGGGCUAGAGUUGGUGGCGUAACGAAAGCCAUCACCGCGCCAAUCUUUGGGGGCGGCGUGAUUCAGGGAGUCAGUGUUGGACUACGUACCAGCGAAAAUGCAACGAUUCUUGGCGGAGGGAUAUGGAAAGACGAGGUAGCAUUACAUUUUUCUAUUGGCCAAGAGGCUAAGGGUGACGACACUCCCACCAUCUCAUCUGGUAUUGAACGUCUACGUCAAGUUCUCGAGGAAGGUAGUCAACUCGAUGGCAAGCCGGCCAGGGCCUAUGUACGCGCCGUAAACGGCUCUUUACCUUUAGUUAUAUAUACAGUAAAUGAGGAUGAUAUCUCUCAGAUUAUUCUCCUCAAACGGGAGUUUCCAUCCGUAAACUUUGUCAUUUACGGCGGCCAUGCUGCUCCAUUGGUUGCCCGAGAGCUCGCUGAAGCCAAGAUCCCAGUCAUUCUUACUGGAAACCGUGGCGCACCUGAUAAGUGGGAGAAGAAGUCUGUUUUUGCUGGCCCCCCCCUCUCCCCAAGCCCUGUGCAAGUUCUUAUUGAUGCUGGUGUUCUCGUCGCGGUCGCAGUUCGGGGCGAUUCCAAGGUUCAUGGACUUGCUCAAGAGGCGGAGUUGGCGGCCAAGUUUGCUGGUUUGAGCGAAAAGGAGGCGAUUAAGCUGGUGUCAACCAAUUUCGACAAGAUACUCGGACUGGCCAACGAUAAAGAACCGGGGUACGGUGCGAGGGAGAGACCGAUUGAAAAGAAUUAUACUGGGGACUUUGUUGUUUGGAAUGGUAAUCCUCUUCGCGGAGAAGGAAGUGUAGUGGUGACUGUACAGGAUGAUGGGAAAGUUGGAGAUUGCUGGCCUGACCAUGAAGGGGCUAUUCUCUAA